AUGAGUGAUGACGAUGUUAUGCUCGUUAACUUCGCCACUGACGAAGGUGAUGCCAGUUCAAAUGCCAGACAGAACGUCAAAGUCGUAGGCGGGAAAUGGAAAGACAGAAGGAGACUAAAGAUGAUGGUAGAUGGGGAGCCUUCAAAGAGGAAGCGACUUGAGAAUACACCUGAGAUCGAACGAGAAAUAAAGAAAGUCAAAGAGGCAGGAUUCAGUUCACAGGAGUUUACUAGAAGGCCAGUACCUAAAAAAACGUCAAAUGAUACAUCUCGCACGGCAGCUUCGACUGCUAACUCAAAUAUAGUAUCGUCUUUGUUCACUUCGAAUCGUGAGAUGACUACCUCGGUAAAUACUAAUAAGCAUGAUGAAAACGCUCAGAUCAACCCAUCUAAUGCGCCAUUACUUGAAGAUUCAUUUGAAGCAAUAGGCGUCAAGGAACCAUUGGUGUCACAUUUGGCCGAAAAAAUGCGAAUUAAGAAACCAACAAAUAUUCAAAAACAGGUGAUUUCUCAAUUUUGCUCCGCUACUGAGAAAGAUAACGAUCUGUUUAUUAACGCUCAAACUGGGUCAGGUAAGACCCUAGCAUUUUUGCUACCAAUUCUGUCUCGUAUACUUGAUAUGAACGUCAGAGUAGAUCGUAAAUCUGGAUGUUUUGCCUUAAUAAUUGCUCCUACUCGUGAACUAGCGUCCCAGAUAUACUCUGUGGCAUCCAUGCUCACAAAUAGUUGUCACUAUCUCGUUCCAUGUUUGUUAAUUGGUGGUGAGCGCAAGAAAUCAGAAAAAGCACGGUUGAGAAAAGGCUGUAAUUUCAUUAUUGGUACCCCAGGGCGUAUACUGGACCAUUUGCAGAAUACGAAAGUUAUCAAAGAACAAUUGGGUCAUUCGCUGAGGUAUGUCGUGUUAGAUGAAGGUGACAAACUGAUGGAGCUGGGUUUCGAAGAAACAAUCACCGAAAUCUUACAGAUUUUACAUGAUGUCCCAGUUGAUAACUCAAGUUUCCAUGGUUUACCGUCACGUAUUGUCCAUGUAUUGUGUAGUGCAACACUACAAGGCGGUGUAAAAAAACUAGGGAAUGUUGCCUUAACAAAUUACAAGCUUAUUAAAAGUGGUAAAAAUGCAGAUAAUGCGGUAAGUGAAGUACCGGAUCAACUAUUGCAAAAGAUUGUUUUUGUUUCACCAAAGCUUAGAUUGGUCACAUUAGCUGGUAUUCUGGAUGGAAUUUCAAAAAAAAGCAAUCCAGAAGAAACAUCUCGAACAAUUGUAUUUCUAACGUGUUCGGAUAGCGUUGACUUUCAUUACGACGCAUUUUCCUCUAGUAAUGGAAACUAUCGUGCUUUGGCGGGUGAUUCAGUAAGGCAGCUAACCAAGGGAAAUACGAUUCUACCGAGUUUUUCAGAUGACGAAGAUCCUGGCGUUAUAUUUUACAAAUUACAUGGAUCUUUACCGCAACCCACAAGAGUUGCUACGUUAGAUCAUUUCAGUAAAAACAAUGAAUUCACCAAAGGCAAGCAUUUAAUCAUGUUCUGUACAGAUGUUGCAAGUAGGGGUUUAGAUUUGCCUCAUGUCGGAACAGUGGUGGAAAUGGAUCCUCCCUUUUCAACAGAAGAUCAUCUGCACAGAACGGGACGUACUGCUCGUGCCGGUCAAAAAGGUGAAGCUAUUCUCUUUCUUUUCCCGGGUGAAGAGGAAGGCUACUUGGAAAGAAUAAAGCCAAGUCAUCCAAAGGGUUGGAAGCUGGUGAAAUAUGAUGAAGAAAUCUUAAAACCCGCUUUCGAUUCUACCAACGUUAAAAGAAAUGACAAAGAGUCAGAGAAGCCCCUAGAGAAAACUUUGGGGUGGGAUACAAAUGCAACUACGUGGCAUUUGAAUAUUGAAAGACGGGUUUUGGAAGAUCCAAAUUUCAAAUCUUUGGCCAUGAAAGCAUUUACAAGUCAUGUCAGGGCUUAUGCGACCCAUAUUUCCCAAGAAAAACAAUUCUUUAAUAUCAAAUUUUUGCAUCUUGGUCAUCUGGCAAAGGGCUUCGCCUUAAGAGAAAGACCAAAGGGUAUAGCAUUUCAAUCUGCGAAGUCUAAGGAUGAUUCUCAAGGGAGGGCAAAGAAACCUUCAAGUGAGAGCGGGAAAAACAAGAUGUUCCGUAUGGCUCGUAUGGCAGUAAAAGAGUCAGUAAGUGAGUUCAACUACUGA